CCGGCCUUUUUUUUUUUUCUUUCGGUCACAGAAAGUACCACCUCUCAGUGAAAACCAGACCGGACACCUCAAGGGACCACUGGGAUGGGUUACAGGUUAGGCAAGAGAUGGGAUAUAAAGGGUCCAUGAGUAAUUUAUUCAUUUGAUCGUUUAUUUUUUAAAAAUUGAAGCCCAUACUGCCUUAUCGCUCGAGAUGAGCAUUUCUAUAGAAUGAGUCACUCCUUCAAAUUAAAACAUGCUGUGGAGUUUAGUACGCUUCCCGUCUGUCUGCCUGCCGUAUUUCAGCACCGAUGACCACAGAAUUACAGGCUGUGGUCUUACAGUGAAGUAAAACGAAAACUUAAGGAAAUUUUAAGGUUAGGUACCUAUUCAGCCUGAGGUCGCUUUUAUUAUUCCCCAAACUUAAGCUACUUUAAUUUUUGUUAAACAAGAAACGUUGUUUCAUGGGGAGGGGGGACUAACAGAGAAGUCUUGGUUUUUCUCUCAGUUGAAGUUGUUAUUCAAGAAAAAACUUGUGACUGUGUGUCUUUGAACAGUUUGGGAAUUAAUUCUACUUACAGAGCUAUACUGCCAAUUCUCAGUUUCUGAUGCCAGAAGAUCUCAGAGAUGCACAGUGGUGUUUGUAGAUCCCGGUGCUUCCUUUUGCAACUACAGUGAGAUCAUUUAAAAGUGCUUUUUUUUUUUUCUGUAGCACUCCUAUACUAAAAACUAGCAUUCAGAGAGCGUGUUAGACUGUUCACCACAAGAGUUGUUUCUAACACAUAAUACAUGUCAUUUGGAAACGAAUGUGGACUUCCUGUAUCCAUUAUGCUGACUUCACCAUACACUGGUUUAAGAAAGAAGUCCUACCUACCAUUUAACUAAGCAAAGCUGCUGACAGUGCAGGGUAUUUGAAAUUAGCUUGGAGUUCUGUUAAUGUAUUCUGAAAGAUGGACAUUAACAAAGAACUCAUAUGGUUUUGCAGUACUGUGACAUAUUGAGAUUCUGUGGGUUCAAGACACCCUGGAUUUAAUGUCGUAAGACUUGUUUUUACCUUGUGUUCUAAUACUUACUAAGCAUUUGUUUUUAGGAAGUCACUUAAUAUUUCUGUUCCUUGGCUCCCUGUUAAUUGAUUGCUCUGCUGUGAUCCUUUCAUAGUACCUCUUAUUUUGCAGUUACUUGCUUAUUACUUUGUUUCCCAUUCCAAACUUAAAUUCUAAGCUACAAAAUGGAAAUAAUAUUUCCUUUAUGUGUAUUUUAUCUCAUUUGAUACUCUCCACAAAUCCGUGAGGUACAUGGCACAGACUAGAAACUACAGUUCAGUGGGAACACAUUUUCAAACUAGCUAGUAAGUAAGAUAGCAAAGACUGGUACCCACAUGUACAACUAUUCACAAAAUUCACUAUGCUACUUGCCUGAAGUCAAAGGGCUUUGAAAAUUAUAUAAAGGACUGAUAGAUGCCUAACUUGUGGCUUCUAUUUUCCUGACUGCUUUUUUAAAAGUUAGUGUAAUUAUUAGCGUAAAUAAGGAGAUAUGUUCAAAAUUUGUCAACCAAUAUGCAGGCUCUUUGUGAAAUGCACUCUUUUUGUACUUACCAGGAAUUUCGUGAAGGAAAGUGAGCCAAGUGACUGUACAGCCUCUUCAGUAUACUUAAAAAUGCCGGGUCUGAGUUGUAGAUUUUAUCAACACAAAUUUCCUGAGGUGGAAGAUGUAGUGAUGGUGAAUGUAAGGUCCAUCGCUGAAAUGGGGGCUUAUGUCAGCUUGCUGGAAUAUAACAAUAUUGAAGGCAUGAUUCUUCUUAGUGAGUUGUCCAGAAGGCGUAUUCGUUCUAUAAACAAACUCAUCCGAAUUGGCAGGAAUGAAUGUGUGGUGGUCAUUAGAGUGGACAAAGAAAAAGGAUACAUUGAUUUGUCGAAAAGAAGAGUUUCUCCAGAGGAAGCAAUCAAAUGUGAAGAUAAAUUCACCAAAUCCAAAACUGUUUACAGCAUUCUUCGUCAUGUUGCUGAGGUGUUAGAGUACACCAAGGAUGAGCAACUGGAAAGCCUGUUCCAGAGGACUGCUUGGGUCUUUGAUGACAAGUAUAAGAGACCUGGAUAUGGUGCCUAUGAUGCAUUUAAGCAUGCAGUCUCAGACCCAUCUAUUUUGGAUAGUUUAGAUUUGAAUGAAGAUGAACGGGAAGUACUCAUUAAUAAUAUUAAUAGGCGUUUGACUCCACAGGCUGUCAAAAUUCGAGCAGAUAUCGAAGUGGCUUGUUACGGUUAUGAAGGCAUCGAUGCCGUGAAAGAAGCCCUGAGAGCAGGUUUGAAUUGUUCCACGGAAACCAUGCCCAUCAAGAUUAACCUCAUAGCUCCUCCUCGGUAUGUAAUGACUACAACCACCCUGGAGAGGACAGAAGGCCUCUCUGUCCUCAACCAGGCUAUGGCUGUUAUAAAAGAAAAGAUUGAGGAAAAGAGGGGUGUCUUCAAUGUUCAAAUGGAGCCCAAAGUGGUCACAGAUACAGAUGAAACUGAACUUGCAAGGCAGCUGGAGAGGCUUGAGAGAGAAAAUGCAGAAGUGGAUGGAGAUGAUGAUGCAGAAGAAAUGGAAGCCAAAGCUGAAGAUUAACCCUGUGGGAAACAGAGUCCAGUUUAAGGAAUACAAAACAGCCCUUCCUGGCUAUAAACCCUAGACUUAAAAGUUUUCCAGUAUUGAAAACUUCAAAGCUGAAUAUUUUUAUUUCCAAGUAUUUAAAUGCUCUAACAGACCAAAACAUGAAAUGCCCUCCUAAAAUGUCGGCUGUUUUCACACAGUAGCUCUAACACAUUGAGCAUUUUUUAAGGGAGUGGCCUUCACAGGAGACAAAUCUUUAAGAACAGUCAUAAAAUUGAGUUUUCCAUUUCUGAUGUCACCAGAUUGACACCUCUUUGUAGUUCAGUGCCUCCAUGCAACUUACCAGGGGCACCCAAAGCAAAUAGUCCCAACCUUUCUAUAUAAAUGUAUCAAGCAAACAUUAAAUAAAUUUCUGGGAUAUUUAACUAUAGGCUUCUUCCUUCUUGUCACCAGUUAAAAGCAUUAUGAUUACUAAGACCCUAAUUCUGUUCAUUUUAGUCUAAAUGUAGAAAUAUAAGGGCAGGUGUUCAAAGGAUCUAUACAACAGGUCCUUUCCAAAGGAGGACUUAGAGAAAAUCAUUUUAAGUUUAACCGCAGUGGAAGUUGACUCUUAGGGGGGAAAGCCUUAAAAUGCAAUUAAAGGAUUAUAUGGUUGUGUGCCUUUUACCUGUUUGAGAUUGAUGAAAUGUAUGAAGGAGAAUUUAUCACAUGGUCCUAGUUGGUGCGCUAAGCUGCUUGCCUGAGUUUGUAAUUCAGAGUGGUAAAAUUUUUUUUUUUUGAGAUGCUGCUGCUUUUGUUAUUUUGAGCAUCAUUGGCCAACUUUUGGGGAGUUCUUUUCUUUUAAAAUACUAGGUGCCACCUAGAGAGCUUCAGUUUCCUUUAUAACAAAAUAGGGAUCUGUUUGAACAUAAUUACAGUGGUUUUUCUACAUUUCCAUCAAUUUUAUCUUUAAGAACUAAUUAUUUUAAAGAUAAACAUAAAGGUAAAUAAAUUAAUAGAAAACACAUGGCUUGAAGUUACAGCUGUAAUAAUCAGGGUGUAGAAAGUCUUGAGUUUGGUCUUUGUAGAUUUAAUCUCUUAGUUAAUUAUAUCUAGUACUUGAUAAACUAGAUAAAUUAAUAAUAUAUCCAGUACUUGAGGUACUAGGUAUAUUAAUCUUAUUAGUUAUUCCUAAGAAUAGUAAUUUAAAUACUUAGAAGAUUAAACCAUACCUACUUUCAUCAGUCCAAGACUAGACUCAAUAUUGAAGGGACUGGAAAAUAGAAAAGUGUUGGUAAAACAGUUUGUGCCAUAUGUGAGGGCUGUUUUUAAUUUACUCUUAGUAGCUUUUUAAAUCCAGAAGCCUGAUUUCAUAUAACCACUUCCACAAGGAGCCAUGAUUGCUGGCUAGCAUGGCAUACUGGGAAUAUUUAGGGGGGAAUCUGGAUAUAUUCAAAAUUAGCACAUAAUUUUCACCUCCGUCUUUUUGAGGAGUCAAAAAAUAAGCUCACAGCAUCAAGAUGUCAUCUUUUUAUAAUGGGUGCUCAAAUGUUUGCUAUAGAUGGGAAUUUAAUUGAAUUUUUGUUUACUGAACAUUUUUAUACUUUAAAAGCCAUAACUUGGUGGCAUUUAUAGUGAGUGGAUUUAUCCCCUGCAGGCCUUUUGCUCCAUUCCACAACAGCUGCACAUUCAUGACCCUUGCCAGAGAAAAGAUCAAUACCUCAGUGAUAUGAAGAGAGAACUAACUAAACUUAAAGCAUACGUAUACCUUUCUGACCUAAAAGUAUCACCCCCAAAUAUGAGGACAAGAUACACACCAGCUCCAAAUAACUUGAACAGAUUGACAAAGACAAGUGACCAGUUUAUCCAAAUCUUGGAUCUCCCGAAAACCUCUUUAAGAUCUGACAAGUUCACCUACUUCCCAUUCUGUCUUUGACUGAGGUUAAGUGGUUAUCAACUCAAAACUGAAAAUUGACAAUAAUUGGGGUCUUAUGAAUAAUUAAGUGAAAAUGGCUGACAAAAAAUAUGAACAAACCAUUUUUGAUGUUUUAUAGCAAAACAAGACAAACUAGUACUUUGGAUAUUGCUCAAACAGUGGAAGCCUACAGAGACAUGCUAAGCACUGCAGAGUGCUUAGCAGUACAGUUAUUACUCAGCUGCCAUACUUUCAAACAUUGAUACAUAAAAAACAAUUGAAUGUAAAUUGUUCGGGAUUUUUAAAAAUUCAAAUGCUAGUACCCUGAUGAGAGUUGUUCCCUGAUUUGCCUCAAGGUGAUGGUCAUCCACUUUCAGUGCAUGAGGAUUCUGUGUCCUAUACAGUGUGGUGCAGCUGUGCCAAUUUAGAGAGUCAAGAAGCCAUCAAACCAAAUGCAGUUGAAUUCAGAUAAACACCUGUUGAUAUUCCAAAAGCAAUAAAGGAAAUUCCAGCGACAUUAGACCUUGGUAAAAUGCCAAAUGGAAAAUGGUGCUUUAAAAGGUAGUUUUUUUAUAAUGUAAGGAAUGAAGUAAAACCUCAUUUGCUUGGAAUUCCUGAUCAUUCAGGUCAGGUAUUCUAGAUCAGAUUAAGAGAAGACAGUUCAAACUACUUAAAAGGACAAAUUUUUACUUUGGAAGUUAUCUAGUCCCCUUAAAUGUCAGUUACAUAUCUUAACCUAUUCAUUAAAGGAAGUCUAAGCACUUGUACUAAGCAAGAAUGCUGGCAGUAGCUUGUGCCAGAUUACUGUAUGAACUUGAAAGCAAUAAAAAUGUUUUUUAAAA